AUGGCCGACGAUGUUACGUUGCCCCGUGGUUUCUCCGUGCAUAGCGUCCCUCUAGACGACAUUGACAAACCACCCCCAUAUCCCCUAGCCUCAUCGUUCGCGACGACACCCGGCGAAACACAGCCCGCGUCCCCCGUAUCAAUCCCGCUGGUCAUCUAUUUUUGUUCAACGGACGAUGACUUCACCUCGGAUCCAUUGCCGAUACCCGACACUGUACCUAGCGAGGCACUCGCGCCUGCUCCUUCAUCUUCCUCUCGUUUGUGUUCAUCAGCAAGCAGCAACGCGGCGGCUCCUCUUUUCCACGACUCACGUCCACAACGCGUACCACCGAAGGGACAACUUGAUUCUCAACCGUGCCGCAAUCUGAAUGAUGAAGUCUCCUACUCCCUGCGUACCGACUUAGAUACCCCGGUACGCGCGAGCGUCACUCGAUAUGAGGCAACACCGCCGAACUAUAGCGAUCAUGCUUCCAUUUCCCUAAACACUGGCUCUGGCUCUGAUAACGCUGCUUUCAUUUUGCUACCUGCUGACUAUGAUAGCGAUAUCUUCGUUCAUUCAGACUCUUCCCCUCCCCCUUCGUCAUCCGCCCCGUGUCUCUACUCUCCUCCCUACUAUGGCUACUCGCAAGCUCCUCCCUCGUCGUGGAGACAGGACGUCCUCAUCAACACAAUGCAUGCGCGUCAACUUUCGACAGGAUCGGGCGGUGUAUCGCUGGGAACAUCAUCAACUCCGUUACCCUCCUCCUACACUUCCUCACCUCCCUCUUCAUCUUUGCCUUUAUACUCGUCUUCGCCUUCGCCUUCCUCUUCGCCUUUGCCUUCUUCGUCUUCCCCUGUGCCUUCCUCUUUGCUUUCGUCUUCCCCUGUGCCUUCUUCUUCUUCUUUACCUAAGUCUUCCUCCUUACCUUCGCCUUCCUCGUCCCCUUCUUCUCCGCCUUCCUCCUCCUCUGUGCCUUCCUCUUCCCCAGUACCUUCCUCCUCCUCUUUACCCAAGUCCUCCUCCUUACCUACCCCUUCCUCCUUACCUACCUCUUCCUCCUUACCUACCUCUUCCUCCUUACCUACGUCCUCCUCCUUACCCACCUCUUCCUCCUUACCUGCCUCUUCCUCUUUACCUUCCUCUCCCCCGACGUCUUUGUCUUUGUCUUCACCUUCGUCUUUGUCUUUGUCUUCGUCUCCAUCUCCACCUCCACAUUUGUCUUCGUCUCCGUCUCUAUCUCCACCUUUGUCUUCAUCUGCAUCAACGUUUUCGUCUUCGUCUUCCCCGUUGUCUUCACCUACGCCCACCGCCACACUCGUUUCUCAUGAAUCUACGACCACCUCUUCUUCCGUAUCACGCACACUGGUUUCAUCCUUUUCUAUCACAUCCACUGACCCUUCUCCCUCGUCCUCAUCUUCACUCGACUCAAGCACGUCCUCACAUACACCUACAUCAUCUAGUGUUUCCGCUUCUAGCACGAGUAUACCUGGAGAUGAUUCGACAUCGUCAAUUCCGCCUCCGCAGACGUCGACGUCGAGCGGUUUGCCGCCACCUCAGACGACAACAAGCAUGCCAGACGGACCCACAACAACGUCCUCGCCGGACAGACCCACAACUUUCUCCACACCGGAUAGCUCGUCUUCUCCCCCGUCAGCGACAAGCACGGGUCCAUACCGGGUUUCGACGAGCUCCUCCGUGGUCACGCCGAGCUCCUCCGUGGUCAUGCCCAGCGUGUCGCCGUCAGGGAUCGUGACGACCGACCGGGUGCUGGCGACGAGCGCAGUCACGACGACCCCCAAGGCGUGGACGUCAACUUUCACAUACACAAGCGUGAUCUCUGGCCGGGUGACGAGCACGUGGGUGGUCAUCACGAGCGGAAGCUUGUAUACGCAAGUAACAGGCUCGACAAGCCGAGGCGUGCACUCACCCGGCGCCAUCACGGGAAUCGUCGUCGGAGUGCUGGCCUCAAUUGGUUUUGGAGCGGCGUGGCUCUUCUUUGCUCAUCGACGCCUACAGCGGUCGGCUCGGGCCAUCGACUUCAACCCUGCAGGGCACACGCCCUCAAGCGCCCCCGGCGGACCUCUUGACGGCGAAGACGACGGGCCUGAAGAGAUCCUGAGCCGGCGGGGGAGCACUUUUAUGGGUUCCAAUGUUGGUUCUGCCACAAUGGAUAAGAUGGGCGGCAGUGACAGUACGGGGCAGUAUGGACAUGAGGGUUUUGGGGAGGAGAAGCAGAUGCAGAAUCGGUAUGCCGGGGUACUGGCUGCGCUUUAUCCAGAGCAGCAACAGCAGAAAACUCCAAUCCAGUCGCACCACACCGGCGGGAGCAUGAGCAUGGUGCUGCCGGUGAGUACGUCGACGGUUAUGGCGCAUGCCAAUUCCACCCCUAGCGCGCAGCAACUGUCGAUACCGUUCCCGCAAGUCCCGUCACUUCCCCCGGUUGCUCAGCACGGUCCGUACGGCUCGACACUCUACAACGCCAACAAAUCGCUACCCAGCCAACCUCAUCCGCCCAGUGCAUAUCUCGCGUCGCAUCACUCCCUUGCCAGCCCCAGCUUCAAGGCCAGUCCCGAAUCCGCGCCCCUCACGCGCAUGUCUUCACCUGGUCUCAGUGCGGGGGCAUGGCUCAGCGGCACCGACAACGCUGCACAAGGGCGAGCGCGCUUCCUGAGCGCCGAACACUCAUCGUCUGGGCACGGCCACUUCCUGGGACACACCCACUCGCGCUCGCUUUCUGGGCACGGUCACGAACAGCUGCUCUCCAGGGGCUUUUCGCAAGGCAUCGGCUUGAACUCUCAAGGCCACGCUACAUCUUCUUUGGGACAUGCGAUGUCUUCCUCGGGACACGGUGACUACCCUACGAGUUCUGCAAUGUCGGGACACGACUCCGGCGUCUAUAUGGUGGGCAGCUCGCAGGAAGGCGCUGCGCACGCCUAUCGUGGACAAGGCCUUGAGUCGAGGAGGGCCACGUCCGGGAAUGCGAGCUCUCGGCCGAAUACGGGCUCGAGCCAGAGUGCGUUGCUUGGACCGACCAAGUCGACGUCGAGGAGGUGGAAGAAUGGGGAUACUGAAGCAGGGAGAGGGAAAGCGCCUACGCCUUCGGCCCCGCUCAGAAGCGUCAAGGGUCUGUUUGGACGGUUGAGAGGUGGGCAGGGAAGCGAUAUGAGUUCCAGCACCAAGUCGUCCCAUGGGAAUGUUACAGUCAUUGGUAGCCCGCCGCCGCCGAUGCCCAUCGAUCUCUCAGCCGAGACUCAUGUCCUGUCGCCUACGUCGUCGGCAUCCUUCGACGCGGUUUUCAGCGCAAGUUCGAACGCACGUAGCCUCACAACGAGCCACGGGAGCCACGGAGAAGCUGUGCCGAAGAGGGCGCCCACGAUGAGCUUUGUCCUCUCCAACCCUGACGCGGAUCCCGUUUCGCCGCUCGGGCUUCCUCUGCCCAAAAACGACCAGUCCAAGCUCUCGUCCGUGGCUGUACCUUCCACCUCCGACUCGAUAAAGCAGGAUCUCGCUGCGCCAGCAGCCACCACGUCGGCAUCAACAUCUCCCUCCCCCGCGCUCCUCGGCGGCUCAGCAGGCCCUAACGUCCCCGCAUGGCCGUUCCUUCCCACCUCUCUCGCCACUUCAGCUGGUGCAGCUGGUGCGUUCCCUUCUGCAGCGCCAGCACCGCUCCCGCCGUUCCCGCCGCCGCCGUCCAUGCACCCCGGCGCCAACCCGUUCCAAGAGCAGCCGACGCUAAGCUCGCUGCUCAACGCGAGCGGGCCGAUGCCCUCGCCUGCGCUAUCCGAUGUGCUUGCACGCACGGACGGCUUGUUGAGGCCAGGGCUGUUGAGAUACGGUGAGAAUGAAGGCGGGCGGAGUGUGACGACUCUGCAGGACUUUGAGGAUUAUUCGAGGCCUAUUGGUCAGUUGGUCGAUAACAGCCAGGAUAGCCGGGCGACAAUCGAUACGCGGACAGAGAACUCGAAUUUGAGCGACAUCGAGCUUGCUGUGUAAUGUGCUACGACAGCUAUACUUUAUUACGAGGAAAGGGGAAAGAUGCAAUCUUCUGUUCCAUGCUUUUGCCUAUGCCUACGCGACCAGCUCCCGACGCGGGGGAUUCCCCAACGUCACCAGUCACAGGGUUGACGUCAUCACACCUACUCUUUCCUUGCUAUCUCUUUCUUCUCCGUUUUCCUUUUCCCGCUGUCUUUACUAUAGAGCUUUCGCGGAGCCACAGGAGACUGUAUUACCACUUUUACCUGACUUUCUCAAACGGUUUCCUUCCUAUACUUGUUCUUAUGCAUCCAUAUCCCUGCCCUCUACUGUCCUGACGACUUAUCCAGGGCGCCAACCUCAUAACCUUCAAGAACCUUCUUGUCUUACCACUCUCCCAACACACACCUUUUGACCAUCAUCGC